CGAGAGGUCAUUUGUCAAGUUAUCGCCCGGCUAUAAUGGGGUAAACUUGCGUUCAACAUGGUAGAAAUGACUCAAGUUUUAAUGGAAAGGAAAGCAGACUAUAGUCAGGUAUGUGGUUAAAUUGAAUGUGCUCGUUGCCAGCCCAAUGUGAAAUUUCCUGUGAUAAUUUCAUGAGGGGCAACCGUGGUAUGCGUCGGCCUUGAUUCAAUCGCACGUACGGUACUGAAGAAAGCGUUAUUGUCACUCGAAAUCUACCCCUGUUGCUUAUCGUGAUUUUUUUGUGUUACUGAAGCCAUUUAUUAUAAUGUUUCUUUUAUUACUCUCCCGGGAAACCCAUAAAGUUAUCGUGAAUUUCGAUGUGUUUGUGCGGCUUUCGGAAAUUAUUCGUCUCUGAGAACUCGGAUCGAUCGUCGUUGGGAAGAUAGUUUAAGAUGUUGUAAUUUCAUGUAGUACCUUACCAUUUUCGCUUAUCGCGAUCAUUAUAGUAAAAAGCUCCCAACAGAUGCCCACCUUAUCCGACAAAAUGAAUGAUGGAAGCUAAAUUAAUCGCGAAAACUAAAGUGUCAUGUCGCUUUCGCAGAUGAAUCCGCGAUUAAUCCUUGUUUGCAUUUAUGAACGAUUUUUAACUUGUAAAAUAAUAAUGCUGCGAGAUCAAAAUCGUUUUUUGAUUAACUGAAGGUGAUUUUUUCAUUGUGAAAAAUGUUGUCGCAUCGAAUGCCGCCUCAUUUUACUGUUAAUAAAACUAAAAGGUCUGUAAUAUUUUUUUGUUGACGCUAUAAACAUUGCCCUUGAUUUGAGCGUCAGGUUUUUGUGUCACACCACAACCACUAGCGUAUUCUAAGUAUUUGAUUUGGCGUACAUCCAUUAUAUCAGCCUUAAGAGACAAUUGAAACAAGUCUCUAUAUCAAAAAUUGAAAGUUUGUGUCAUAAUUGCAACGAAAUCCUCCGUUUAAUCCUCCACUGAAGUUGCUUAGGACGAGCCAAUUGUUUUGUCAUGCUAAUUCUCGAAACAGUCAUUGUUCUUGACGCAAAUUUAACUUCUGAAUCUAAGUGCUAUGUAAUAAAACCCUCAUAAUUUAUCUUCCAAAGCCCUCAGAAUUUGGAUUUAUGGGCUUUUUUGCAUAGGCAGCAAUUUUUAGCGUUUUAUUGUCAUUAUUUGAAAGUUUUUACAAAUUUCUCAUCGCUUGAAACGCUUUUAUGGCAUGAAAUUUAAUUUGCCCGAGUGAAUGACCUGACAGAGAUAAGUCGUUGACAACUCUGCGAGACAGAUUAUAAACAAAAGAUUUGCCACACUGGUGUCUGGGGAAACAAUGCUACAAAAGAGGCUUGUUUUGUUUGAAAACUUCAAGAAUCUCAUUUCAUUUCCAUUUCAACUUUUGCAAAAUUUAUUAUAGUAUCAUUUAUUCAGAGAGUGAAUACAGAUUUUGACGUGAGUUGUCUAGAAUUUCUUUCUGUGCCUUGAAAUAAACUGAAAAACUUUGGUCAAUUAAUAAAUUACAUCUGUAAGGUACAGAUUGUUCUCACAACUUUAUACUCCACUUGUCUUUCUCUAUUAGUCUACCUGUUUGAGCUUUUCUCAUUUGCUAUUUUCAUCUCAACUAAACAAAUACAGGUAUUAAAACAAUAGCAGGUAAUCUAAUGUUUACAACUGAGUUUAAAAUGUAAAUUGGUUACUGUAAAGGGUAAAAAAGCUGAUGUUUUGAGAGUUAGCCUUCGGUGAAUCACUCUGACGAAGGGCUAACACUGGAAAUGUCAGCUUUUUUUACCCUUUAUGGUGGCAAAUCUACAUUUUCAACUCAGUUGUUUACACUAAAUUACCUGCUAUACUCUCCCACUGACACAACACCACAGUUUCUUUAGACACUUAGUCCCUUUAUUGAAACAAUGGUUAGAGUUUAUGUUCGUGGGUGUUGAUGUGUUUGGGCCCAACUCAGCAAGGGUGAAAAUGACUCUGAAAGGGAUCAAAACAUAUUUAUGCCCAAGAACAUGCUGGAAACUGUAUUACUAUUAUUAUCAUCUUGGCAGGUGUGGAGCAAUUAUAAACUGAAAAAAAUGUCAACAACACAAUGUAAACAAUCAUAUGCUUGUGCAAGCAGGCUUAAUGACAUUUUAGCCUGUCAAAAUCUUUAUUGUGGUUCACAAAAUGUACCACAACACGCAACAUAGUGAUAAUUACAGUUGUUAGUAUAACUGUAUUAGUGCCCUAUAAAACAUACUGCAGUCUGGUUGCCUGUGCUUCUCUAUGUUUGCUCCAUGAUGAAUAUUCAUUUGAGAAGAGUGAGCAGCUUAGUUAGGAAAUAAAUACAUGAGCUUGUUUUGUUGUUGAGUUAUGAAUAACUUGUAGAUGUAGACUUCAACAAUAAGAUUAUUUGCUCUGAAUUUCUCUGUGUGGAAGUUGACGAGGAUGGACACACUUAUUGACUAUCACAAGAUUUUGAGCUCAUGAUUUUCUUGCAAUCAUUAGAUUAGAAAUCUAAGGUUGACAAUACAUGUAUCUGCCAAAUUUAUUAUUGUGAUUGCCAUUUUGUUUGAAGCUGUUUGUAAACUCUGGAUGCAAUUUACUUGUACAAAAAUCUAUAUUAUUGGCCAAUAUCAGGCUGACAUUUAGUUAUUUCUGUUUCUUUCUAAAUACUCUCUGUCUUAAGUGUUAAUUAACUGUACAAGGGAACAUAUAUGUCUGCUUGCAUUAGAGAAGGGCGUAGUUAGGGGUGGUACCUAUAACCCCCCCUUUGUGUUUUUUUUACGCAAACUACCUACAAUAAUCAGGUGGCAAAAACUGGUGAUAACCCUCAGUUUGACAAUGAGACCCCCCUUUUGAAAAAUCCUGGCCAUGCCCCUGAUAGAUUAUCUCAUUCAUGUCAACAGGUUACAAAUGCCUCAUAAAAUGUCAGGAAAAAUGCUUUCACAAUCAUACAAAAAUCUAGGCAAACUCACAGGCAGGAUGUCAAAAAAUCAAUGUCACCUUAAAUCAUGUUACUUUUGUCACUGUUGAUGUUAAAUAGAGGGUGUAGUUAAGGGUAUUAUUAAUAAAAUAUGUUUGAUUUCUGACAGGCUCUUGGCAAGGCAACUCAUGGAAUAGUGAAAGAACCAAUAGUUAAAAAUCACAAGUCUCUCCUUAAUGGUGACUUGGAAUUUCUUGGAAGACAGAAUCGUUCUUCAUCAGAGGUUAGUGAGGGAUGAGGCUGGAUGAUCUCCUUAUCUGUAUCACAUGUUCUUUAGUUUUAUCUCAUAUAGGUAGACUGUCCUAUCCAUGACACAUUUGUUGUAGUUAUGGAUUCUCCUUGGCUGUUAGAUACAAAACCAGUGAGGACUUAUUUCACAGAGUUGCCUUUUUUUGGAAGUGAUGAUUUGAUUUUCAAAUUUCAGGUGUAUCCUUUUCCAUUAUUAUUUGGAUAUACCUCCAUUUAGAAUAAGAUUAACCCAGCCUGUGUUGAACCCCAUUUUUUUUAAGGAUUCCAAUAGUGGGUCUGAGGCUUGAUAACUAAUUAUGGAUUGACAUGAUUUUUAACAUCUUGCAUCAUUGAUUGUCUUUCUUGUUAUCCUGUUCUACAGUGUUCUUCUGAUUCCAACUUGGAAAUGUUACUGGAAGAAGCAGAUAAAAUACACAGCUCAAAAAAUGGUUUUCAAAAGGUAAUCAAGAUGAAUCAAAAAUGGCUAACAGCUUGAUAAAUUUGCAAAUUCAAUUGUAUAUUGUAUUUCUGAAUGAAGUUUUUUUAGGGAAGGACAAUUGCUACUAGAUUUGUAUGAACAGUAUGUAAUGUAAGGGCCCUUAUUCAUUUUGUUUGCCAAAGCCUUUUGCUUCACAGAUACAAUUAUCUGUAGCACAAGCAUCAGCUCUGCUGAUUGCUGAGACUAUGCUCCAGCUCAUCUUAAAAUUAUUGGAUGAACAAUGAUCUUUGCAUGUAUGCUGCAAUUUAAGCAUUUGUGCCACAAUUUGUGCAUUUGCACUGCAAUUUAAGCAUUUUUAGGAAGAAGCCUGAAUAAAUUCUGGGGAAUUUAAAAGGAUUCAAACCUGUGUCUUUCAUUUUGACACUAUUCACAUACUGAGCUAUCAGGCCUCACAUUGGGAGUGUUGCAAAUUUUUAGAUAGUUCUUCUAUCCUGCAGAGGAAUCUGAUCACAAUUUUAAACAAUAAAUAUUAUGAUUAUUGUAUUUUAAAUAUAUCAUUGAACAGGACACUCCAGCUAAGAAACAAGUACGUUUUAACAUGGAUAGAAACCAAGAAUACUCCUACAGCUAUUCUCAAACUUCAGACGAUGAUACUGACAGCCAUAAUCUUAUGAGCAAUAUUAAUUUUGUGGAUUACGGAUAUGAUGAAAAUGAUAGUAAUGAUGAUGACAAUGAUGACACUGAUGAUGAUGAUGACGACGACGAGGAUGAUGAUGAUGAUGAGGAGAGUGAUGAUCACAAUGAUCCUGAAUCAAGUGAAGAUGAUUCUAAGCCUAACAUUGGAUUUCUGGUUGAUAAGAGUAAUUGCCCGUCAGAAAUCAAUAACAAUGGAAAUUAUUCAAGCUCUAGCUUGAAGUCAACCAAGAUUAAUGGAACAACAGACUCACCGUUUGUCAAUGGCAUUAGUAACAAAGUAGGAGAAAAGCUUUUGAAUGGAACAUUUGAGCUUCAUGAUAUCAAGAACAAUAAGCUAAAUGAUGAUACGAGAUUGAUAGGCCUUAAAGCACAGGUGAGAGUUAAGCUUUUCGUAGUUAUCUCUGGUUAGUUAAAGGAGCUUUGUCGUAAUUUGUGACUGGUGAAAAAUAUUAGGUUGUUUCCUCUCUCACUUUUUUUUUGUGUUGUUCAAAUUGAAGGUAGAUUUUGCUGUUAUUUUGACAGGUAUUGGAACAGGUUUUUUGAGAAGCAGAGAAUAUUGCAUGGCAUACAAUUAAAAUUUCGGGUAUUAGUAUUAAAUAUAUACUAAAACAGUGGAAAGCGUUGAAGGCGCACUCUGAUUGGCUGCUCAGAACCCGAAUAUCCUUUGCUAUUUACCUCCAAGCUACAUGCGCGGGAUUUGUGCCCAAAAACAUAAUCGUUGCUGGAAUAAAUGGGUUAAAAUAAUUUUUUUGUGCGGUACUAUUGGUUAGCGAAGAUAUUUGCCUUGCCGCUGCGCGCCUCGGUAAACAUCUAGCUACCUCCACUUCGGUGAAUAGUUGUUUAAUGCCGCAUAGGCAAAUAGCGCUUUUUCAACCUGCUGAUUGGUUAAUUUAGAAGAGAUUAGCAAUCACUAUUCACCUCCGGGUAGCCGAAGAGACAAAAUCACGCGUCAUGAGCGAAAAAAAUAUCAGUUCGUAACUUACAGUACGGAUCUCUAAUACGGUUAGUUGGAGGUAUCCGUAUGAGACCAAGGAGAAAUUGUGGUAUUUUAUUGACAUAUCUUUAACAGUUGGUACAUUCUUAGAGUGCAAAUGUCGAGUUAUGGAUGCAUUGUAUGUACGAGACCUGCAUAGAGCGACCGUGCUUGAAUCGUUGUUCACUAGAAUUCACGGCCAGAAAAUUGCCUACCGCGAAUAUUUUGUGCGUGCAUUGUAUUUUUCCGAGCAACGAGCAAUACUUCUGCUCGUACUAUAUGUUAAACCAUCGAAUAAAAAUUUUAUUAUUCCACUGUUGGAUCAUUUUCUGGUAUUUCAACUUCUACUAUGUUUGCAAAUUCUUCUUACGACUUUAUCUGACUAUCGUAUCGAUCGCAUAAGUCGUGGGCGAAGACAUAAAAAACACAAAUCAUUGUAGGGUCAGUUAAGUGUUCUCUACUAACAAAUGAAAAGAUCUGAUGCGCUUGAAAGCUCGUUUUUCGAAAAGUACGGGCCAUUUUGUUGCUCCGCUUUCCGUUCGUAUUUUUUGCCAUGUUCUAUAGUGUAAUAUCGUGGCAUGUUUUGCGCGCUUCGAUGCCCCAAUAUGGUAAAGUGGCGUAUUAGAGAUAUAAACCACAGUGGCUCAUUAGGAAUUACAUGGGACUUGCGCGCUAUGUAGCAGAUUAAAUUAUGAUUUUUAUACUUGUAUGACAAAAUAUAAUCGGCCUCAUUAAUGGACACACAAUAUCUUUUUGAUUUUGGUGAAUCACUAUAGGUAUUUCAGUUGGAGUCAUCACUUAAAGCAAAACAAGACUCUGUUGAGAAAGAAAUGUCUGAUUUAAACAGCAGAAUGACGGAGGCCAGAGAUGAAAAUAGGCAAGAGGUUUGUCAUGAAAAUUAACGUUUCUCAUGUUGUAUCAUGUAGCUUGUAGGUUCACGCUCGAGAGAGGCCAAGUUAAGUUUCUCGACUAGUAUAUGAAAGGAGGAAGCCUUUGGUAUGGGUUUCUUACCCCAUUCUCAUCAGCAAAACUUGUCUGGUUAACCGGGUUUAACUAAAUGAAAAGCAGGAACAGGGAACUGAAAAACUGAAUUUUCUAUAGGAUUCAAGUAGUCACUAACUUUUAUAUUUCAAUAUGCUGCAUCAAAGCCGUCAAACUUCGGUUUGACUAGCUUCUAUGAAGGAAACAAAUUUAAAAUCGUGGUUGACAAAACAGCUUUAAAACGUGUGUAAGCUUUUGGUGUGAAUGGGGUCAGUGUUUAUUUUUGGGAGAAAUCAAGUUGUAGAGAUCAUAAUGUGGUUUAUCCCAAGACUUGAGAUUGAGAGCUCGAACAGAGGAACGUAUGAAAUCGCCAGGAGAGCUUUUCCCCUCUUUGUUACAGGUGUAAUUCUUUGUAAUCUUUGUUUGGCAUUAGACGUAAAUCAAUCUGGAGUAUCCUGGUUUUAAGUAGUUGUUUCCAUGUAAACAAAAACGCGAACUUAGUACAAUAGUAAGUUUGAAAGUGUGAUGUGCGAGAUGGGGGGGAGGGGGUGGUGCUCGUUUUUUCUCACCCACCCCCUCGCCAUCUGUAACAAAAUUCUGUCUUUUGAGAAAAAGUGUGAGGAACAAAGAUGGUUCAAAUAUUGUGUCGCUCUUUAACCCUUUAACUCCCAUGGGUGACCUAGACAGAAUUUUUCCUUGCAAUAUCAAUACAAUGUCAACAGAUAAGUGAUAAGAAUAAAGAAAAAUAUUUCAAUUUGGGGACAAUAAGUUGAUCCAAUACUAACUUCUCUGAACUGACAUUAGAAGAAUUGUAAGGUUGACAUUUAGGAGAAUUACAAAUUUAAUCUGGGAGUUAAAGGGUUAAAAGUUGGUUGUAAUUUGCCUUGCGCAGAUGGACAAGCUUGAAAAGGAAUUAGAAGCGAGAAGAAGGCAGUACAUGACGGAAAUGGAGGACAUUGAUAGACGAAGAGAGGAAAAAAAGUAUGAACUUAAAACAUUGUGCUAUGUGGUCGAUCAAAUAAUUCACUUUAGUGAUUGUCUGCAUUAAGGAAGCAAGUCGUUUUCCUGUAUCUUGAUUUUUUUUGGUUUAAGUUCAAUUUUACUUGUAAUCUUUGCCAAUAUACUAAAUCGUAGACCAUCGAUGUUCUGUUCUGGUUUAUUUUGGUCCGAUACUGAGUAACAAUCACCUUGUCGCACGUUCGUAACAAAUGAGUAACAUUUUUCUUUGUUCUACGAUAGAAAUCAGAAUAACAUAUGAACCUACACUUGUUAUUCCGUCUCGAAAGUCUCGAAACUCGACUCGAGCCUCAAUUCUCGAGGAUCGAGAUACUUUUAACUUGCUUUAGUGCAGCACUGUAGUUUUCUGUAAAUCAGGGGAAUUCGGAUUCCUUAAAGAGGUCACAUAUGUUUUUCUUGCUCGUCUCUUGCUUGUGAUAGAUGCAUAAAAUAUCUCUUUACUUUUUGGUUUCGUCCUGGCAUCCAGUAGUUUCAGCAACUUUCUCUUUAAGCACGGUAAACUGCCAAAUUUAUUUAUUGCUUAUUGGGUUUCAUCGAAUGGUUUUGUUUUAUCCAUUCUUAAUAUUGUUAUUAUUUCUGUUUAAGGAGAAAAUUUGAAGAGGAACUUGAAGAAUUUAGAAAUGAAAAAAAGCUAGAGGAGAGAAGACAGAGAUAUUAUGAACACGAGGUACAAUGCAAAGGAAAUGAUUUAGCUUAUUUACAUGUAUUUGUACCUAAUUCUGAACACACGUGAAAUUCAAAUUGGCACCGAAAAUUUAGAAAAAAAUGGAAGAUGUCUUCAAUAUUAAUACAUGUACGUGUACAUUUUGUGUUUCCCGUUUAUUUUAUUAUAGAAUUAUAAUUGCAAUUGAGUGAGCAACAACAGUUUUCGGAGUACUGUUGAUGUUCCAAUAGGUCAGCCUUUGAUAAUGAUCUUAUUUUUCUUAAUCUUUUUAAAACAGUCAGCAAUAUCUCAGAUGGAGAAGGACCUCAAGCAGCGAGCACAGGAAGUUCGAGAUAGGGAAAAAGAGGUAGAGUAUUUUACACCAAACUCUUUCUGAAGAAAGGAAAAUUGGUCGUUGAUCACGAAUCGGAGCUAUGUUCAUGUCCGACGCCAUUUUGCGUAAUCUGCAAAAAAUACUCAGCACUUUUUAUUGAUCUUAAAGUUAAACCUUGGAAUAAAAUCAGCCCACACGUGAUAUUUAAGCAGUUGCUGUUUUUUUUUUCUUUGGUUUUGCCCUUAAAGAAGUAAAUUUAUUUGUUCCUUUGAAGUGAACCUUGAAUAAGCCAUUGAAUUUUCCAUCCAAUAAAUUAUGGUCCCGUUUGACUGUUUCUUUUGAAAUUGUGUUGUUUAUUUAAUCACUGGUUUUUUUGUUGUUGUUGUUGUGCGUACAGAUUCGGGAGUAUGAAGAGUACUUAAAUCGUCGCCAUGCUGUCUGCAACGGCAAAGAAGAAGAUUUAAAUGUUCUUCAAAACGUUAGUAAUCAUUUCGCUUCUCAUAUUUCUGUGUAAUUUAAUGGUAAUACAUGUGAACACUUUUGGGAUCGUCGUUUCAAGGGGAAGGUCAUGGGAAGUUCGGUGGGGGGAGGUGUCGGAAUCACAAGCCUUUUUUCGAAGUUACUGGCGUUUAUAAUUGCUAUUGAUUGUGUUGUAAGAUUCCGCAGUAUUUGUGUGGUUAAGUUCACGGGCAGUGUUGAGAAAAAGGAGUUGUAGGAAACUAUUGUCGAAAGAAGUAAAGAAGAUGUAUGUACUUUUUGGUCUAUCAAACAAUAAGGGUUAAGGAACAGAUAACCAGUUUGAGUCGCGAUAUUUUGCCAUAUUUUUGUGUACCGUGAAAGACUAUUUUCCAGUUUAAGGGAAACCCAAAAUAUUAGUUCAGUAAGAUAGAAAAACGCAAAAGAGGCAUUUGUAAAACAACAAGAAAGAAGGAUGGCUUAAGAUGAAAAAAAAAAUUGACACGGAUUGGAAAUGAGUACAAAAUAUCAGUUUGGUGAGAUAGAAAAACGCCAAAGAAGCAGUAAUAAACCAACAAGGAAGAGGGAUGAAGAGGAUGGAGAAGAUUGACCUGGAUUGUAAAUGAGUAGAGUAGUAGGCGAUAUAAAAACCAAGAGAAACAACGAUAAGUAGGGAUGUUGGCGUUUAAAACAGAUUGCAAAUGACAAACUUAAGAUACUGGGAUAAAUGCUUAGAGAUUUGUAUACCGUUAGGUACGUGUACUGUGUACUGUUGCUCUCUUUUUUUUCUGCUGGCGGCCGUCUUGACGCUGAUGAACGAUACCAUAUGUUCAUCUCUGAGCAGCUGGCUUCUAAAUUGUGUUUGACUGUAGCAGAUAAAUGAUAUGUUAUUUUGUGUUCUAGGAAUUGGAUACCCUGGCCAAGGAACUAGAGUCCAAAAAGGCAAAGUUAACUAAUAAGCAUCAUCUUGUGCAUCAAAGCUCUGAAGAAAGCAUCGCAGUGUCCACUCCUCCUACGAGAGCCAGGUAUAUAACACAAGAGAUUGCUUUAGGAAACAUAUUAUUAUUAACGAAACUAAGGCAUUACUUGUUAUUUCUCUUAUUUUCUAGGAGCACCAGUCGAGCAAGCGUGUCUGGUAAAGGAGUAGAUUUGAGGAUUGAGGAACUAAAAUCUCAAAAUCGACAACUGCUUGAGGAACUGUUCAGUCUGAAAAAAAGCUGUGAGAAUAAAGACGAUGAACUUAACGUAUUAAAAGAAAAGGUAACAAAAGUAAUUCUCUGAAAUGUACUUUGCUUACGCAUUGUUUCCAUAAAUAUUUUGUUUCGUGAAGUAGGCAUUUAUGGCUUCAGUCGAAUGCACCAUUUUUUGUACUUACUUAAACUAUUUUUUUUUCUAUUUGUGGUUAUGGAUUUGUUGCAGUUGGAAACUUCAGAAAAUGAAAACAAACGCCUACAACAGAGAACGAAACACUUGGAAACACAAUUAGACCUAGCAAGAAAGUCGGCCGAGUUGGGUGCAGACAGUGUCUCGGUGGACGAGAUAAUGCGGAAGACCACUCAAGACAUGCGCAGUGCGCGGAAUUCCCGGAUUAUCCGCCCUUCUCGAUCAGUAGCUCCGGCCCCGGGGUCGUCAACUUCAACAUCCGCGGGUGUAAAGCCCCGCCGGUUUUCUUCGAAUGAUUCACUCGGAACUAAAAUCACCAGUAGCUCAGACUCAGGAAAGGGAACGAAGGAGUCGGCAGCAAAAAGCUCUAAAGGAUCGUUGGGCAAGAAAGGUAAAGACAACGGCGAUGGAAGGCACAAGAUGGGAACAGAGAAAAUCACUAGUACUUUAUGUGCUGUUAUGUAAGCGCUGUUGUGGUAGUUACCAUAAUCAAUUUGAAUUUGGAAGGCAUGUGAAAUUAUCAAUUGGAGAUAUAUAUUUUUAUAAUGGGUUUCUCUGAAAUCGUUUCUGCCAUUUGGUAAUGCAAUUGGCUUUCCUUGAUUAAGAGUUCGCAGUAAACACUCGUACACACCCCGCACAUACAACAUUCAUUUUUUCGUCUUUACACCGAAGAGGUUAAGUUUUCUCCAGUGACCUGAAUGCCCCUUCAAAAUCCACAAAUCAUUCACUCAUUACAUCAUCAACCCGUUUCACUCUUAAGAUUUGAUUAGUAGUUCUCCCAUCCAGCUAUCAUACAUUUCAUUGUAAAUUGGUAAGAAGAAUUUGAUCACUGAUCAAAUAAUUGAUCAGUAAGAAGAAUUUGAUCACAUCUGAUCACUUGUUGCGCUAGCCUCAUUGGUUCAGUGUAGAAUAAUCUCGAUCAUUCAUAAAUUAUUCUUAUGAAAUUAUUAUUAUUUUGCCAUAUCGUUUUACACAGAAAUUCUCCCCAAAUCGAGUGCAAGAUUUUUUGUAAAAAUCGUGAUCAAGUCAGCAAAAUGAUUUUGGAAUUAAUAUUAGCUGUUUUAAAAUCAGAAAUCGUCAGAGUAUUUAUUGCUAAGGUUUUGUACAUAUUUGCUGGACAAGUAAUACUUAAAAGUACCAUUUGAUACUGGGGAACAAAAUCUUUCUCACGACGAUAAAAUGAAAAACGUGGUAAUAAUAUAUUUAAAAGUUGACCAUCGACUAUUUUUGAAACAAGUAUAUUUUAUACUUCCAAUCGUGGCUGUAAAUAUACCGUCAUCGUUAUUUAUUGAGGAAAACCCAUUUGUGGGUAUUUCAUAUUUUGUUGCAAUAAAUAAAAACAGGC